GGCGAUGAGAGAGGCUAAAAGCAGUUAGUGAAGAGAAGUUGAUAAGACGAGAUGCUUUUGACCAUGACCCGUGUCGUAGGAGGUCACAUAGUGCUCUCAUAUUGCAAGGGAGUGAUGAGUUUUACACAGGAUGAUGAUAAUGGUGGUGAUAGUGUUGGUGGUGGCGGCAAGGGAAGGCAGGAGACGCUGGGACGCUGGCCGCUGUUCACUGCUCAGUCAUCUGACCCAGCUCAGCCACACAGACUCAGUGCAUCACCAGCCGCAAGAGGGUGUGUACACACGGGCGUCUCUCGUAUUCCACGUUGAUCGACUCUGAGCUACAACUCGUGGUUUUAUACAAACAAGGACCUUUCUUUGCGCUUUUUCGAGUGUUGGUGGAAAGAAGAGAAAAAAAGAGGAAUUCGAUUUUUUUCUUGACGCGACGGUAGUUAACUGAACGGGACUUUGACACCUGUUGACGAGAAAGAAAGAACGGAGCGUGGUCAUUACAGUGCUUAAGUGAGGUGGUCUUUUAAUUGUAUAAAGCCCGCCAAGAGAAACCCACACGUGUCAUGGCAGAACCGUAGAGGAAAAAUAAUGAUGAAACGUGUGGCAUGUCAUUUUGCUAAGAUUCGGUGAAGAAGUGUGCGUGUGGCCCCUGUGUCUGGGAGCACAUGUUGUAAAAUCAGCAUGUUUUAAGCACGGAAGUUAUCUGUGUGUGCUCUGUGGCACGUCUCGUCUACUAGCGAACGUACAUGCGUGUGUGCGCGUAAUUUCGUGAAUGCGUGUGCGGGCAGCAAUGGAAAACAGAAUUUAAAGGCGGAAAAAAAAAAAAAAACUACAAAGAAACAUUUACUGAAGUAACAACAAUAACUUAUUUUCCCCACUAAUCUGAGGAAGAAAAGGCCUACAAGAACAACACCAACGACGACAACGAGGAAGAGUAGCGCAAGUCACGAGGCCAUCAGUCUGUGGUGGCAAGAGCAGCUUAUCUCGACCAGGAUACGCUGCCUUUUCCCUCGAGACUGUUCUGUGUAAAACAAGAAAGCUGGUAUCCGGAGUGAAGGGACGCGGGCGCUGCCUCAGUAGCUGGCUCCUCUCCACAGAAAACACGGUGUGUGUCGGAGGGGCCAUGCAGACACCGGCGUGGGUUGCGGCGAGUCUGCUGCUGUUGCUAGUGCUGGCGGCGCGGGCGGAGGCGGUGGAUGCGGAGCAGAAGAGCGAGGAUGAAGGCCAGAUAGAGGUUGCGGGGGAAGGCAAAUGCAAGGCCGGGGAGUCACACAAGCAACCUCACUUGUCCCUCACAACCCGCACCCAGCGAGCUCAGGUUGUGUUCUAUGGGUUCGUGACCAGAGUGUACAAGAAACGGGGUAAGAGGACCUACCCGGCUGAGUUCUUCGUGGUGAACGUGUUUAAGGGCGCCGAUUUGAUGGCUUCCCUGCUGCAGGUGGAUGGCGGCUACGGGGGGCGUCUACAACCUGCGGGAUAAACGAAUCAAUGUGACCAACUUCGGGCCGCGAGAAGACUGUCUCUCCCCCUUAGAGGAGCAACGCACCUUCAUCAUCCUUGCUAACGCCCCAGGUGGCCGCCGCCUCCGCGCCCGCUACGACCACCCCGGGGGGCGCCGCCGUGCAGUGGUCUAAGGAGAACGAGGAGGUGGUGUGGAGUGCGCUGGGUGAGUACUGCUGUGUGUUGUGCAUCU